UCCAUAUCGGAGUGUCUCUCGCUUCGUUAUAUAAACUGGCGCGUCGAGUGGCCGUUCCGUUGUCGCCGGCGCGAAAAUAACGACACGGGGUUUUGCGUAGCGAGCUGGGGAUACGUGUGUAUCGUGAGCUGGAAACCAGUGUCGAUCGGGACAAUGUCUUGCAUAAUUGAAAACGUCGGGUUCACGAGGGGAAGAUUAUUGUGGGCAGCUGCGUCUUUUACGCACUUCUUGCGUUCACGACGUUACAUUAUGAGGAAAAGGCCACGGUUCCUGGUGUUUGCGAGAUCGGCGAAAAUACGCGAGAGAACUCGAGAGCGAAUUUUCGAAAAUAUCGAAGGUCAGAGAAGAAGCUUCAAUUAUAGACCUCACUAUAUUGCUGUGUUUUUAUAUCUUAAAAUAUUUAAAUUUAUUGUGAACGAGUGCACAUACUAUGAGGAACAAGUGAAGAGAAGCAAGUGUCUACUUCAAUACUUGUUAAAAGUUACAAUGGCCAUUAUGAUGUCGCAAACGAGGAUCCGGAGGCCCGACGAGACCGAACGAUUCACUUAAACGGCCGUCACCCGCUCUCUUCUCUCCCCUAAGAAGGAAUACCCAAGACAAAAAGAAAGAACACCAAACGCGCGGGAAGAGAAGGAAUGGGCCCUUGGGCCUUCGCCGUACCGGUCAUCCUCGUCUCAACUGUGGGCCUCCUUCUAAACGGUUGCGUUCUCCUCGUCGUUCUCUGUCUUGGUAAACAGACGCAGCAACAGCAAACGGCGAACACUUUGCUAUUGAUUCAUUUGGGCGCCGUGGAAACCGCGGUGUGCUUGAUAUUACUGAUUUUCACCACCGGCCUCUGGCCCGUAGCUGGCACGUGGUGCGUCCUUCACGGAUUCCUCUUAGCGCUUCUACAUCCCGUCGCCCUUUGGACCGUAACGGGAUUAAAUUGUGACAGGUAUUACGCGAUUGCCGCACCGCUGCAUUACGCCGCUUUGGUCUCUCCGCGUCGCGUGGCUGUUGGAUUGGCUGCUUCUUGGACAGGUGCUCUGCUUCUGUGCUUGCCGCCAUUCUCGGGUCUGGUGCCGCCUUAUAGGUAUAGUCCAGGACUGGGUUGUUGCGCCCCAGAUUUCGGGAACGGCAAUUGGGCCGCGGCGCUCUACGGCGCGGUUUACGCCAUCUUGGGGUUGGGCCUGCCAGCCGUCCUCGUGACGGUCUGCAAUUUACGGGUGCUGGGCAUAGCGCGGUACCAUCGGCAUCGUAUCGCCAGCGCGAUCUACGAGGUCACCCUAAGCGCCCAGGUGACCAUCACCCAUCAGCGUAAUCCGUUUUUCGUGCCGACCGUCACCGCACCCUCGGCCGGCGGGCCGCCGCGAUUUCACAGCGCCGCCAGCACGGUGAUGCAACUGGUCGGCUCCCUGUACCUACUCUACUUUCCUUACUGCGGACUUAUCCUCUGGGAGGCUUGCAGCGCGGCUAAUCAGCACCGUCUCCACGCGUACCCCAAGCUCGCCUCCUUGGCUUCGUUCCUCCUCGCGUGCUCGCCGCCCAUCAACUGCCUCCUCUACGGCCUGAAAUCGCAGACCCUGCGACGAUCCGUGCAGAAUUACUGGCGGAAAAAGGCGACCAAGUCGGAGCUGCAGCAGGAGAUACAGGCGAGAACGCCAAGCGUCGCGGGUUCCAGGCGGCCUUCCGGCAGCGGAAACACUUCCUUCUUCCCUUUUCCGCCCCUGCAACGAAGGCUCAGCGAGGCAUUAUUGGCUCUCGGUUCGUGCAGGAGCGGAGGUAGUUUCGGAAGCAAUAAUCUCGGGUUCCACCGCGGCAGAUUGCAGCCCGCCGCCUCGUGUAACACCCUCAGGGUGCCGGCCACUGAAUCAGGUGAGCCGAGCAAACUGGUGAGGGCGAGUGCGAGCGCCGCCAGUCUGAUGGGUCCUCAUUAUCGGAGCGACUUUAUCGGGGCGGAUUUGGACGCGGGAUGCUCCAUAGCUAUGUGCGAGACUCCAAGGCGGAGUCCGAGGAUUCUCAUAACGCGCGCGUACAGCGAGGAGAGCCAGGACGGAGGUAGUCCGCUCUUAAGGAAACCCUUCGCCUCCAAUACGAAUCCGCCGCCGUGCGAAAAACGCCGAUGGAGACACUGCAGCACCGGCAGCGAGAGCAGCACGGGCAGCAGCGACGCCAGCGUGUGGACCACCGGUGUGCCACCCAAGUACGUCAAGGGCAACGCGAAGAGCACGGACGGCUGGUCGUCGUCGCGGCGAUACGUACGCGGUAAAAAUCUGGAGGAAGGCGCGCUCGCGACAGUAUCCAGGCCGAACAACAACAGCGAGAGCAGCGAUACCACGGAUACGACAGCCACAACUACGACCACCACGCUGCUCAAGUCCCUCGCCGUGGAAAAUAGCGGGCAAAACUGCAGGGAGAAUGAGAAGGUGAACGGCAACAUGAAGAAGGCGGAAUACAGUGAGAGCGAGAGCAGCUGGAGCAGCGUCGAGGAGAUCGAAACCAAGGCGAUAACCGAGAGGAAUGACGAGGACGAGGACGAACUCGCGGGAUCGAUGGAUGAGCCACGGACGAGAACUCCGCGACGAAAGUCGAAGAGCAUCUCUUCUGGCAAUCACGAGGCCGAAGUUCCCGAGGACCGGGAAGAAGCCGCGCAGCUGAGACCUCUCCUGACUCCAUCCUCCUAAGCUCACCUCCCAAACGUAUUUACCUUUGGCUAAUCCGCUCGUGUCCCGGAUAAAAUGAGAUUUCGCCGUGUGUACUUAAGCAACACUGAUAUUCACGACGCUAUAAGGGAGUCUCGCGAAUCAGGGGAGCAAGAGAACACCCCUCGUGACGCAUACAUCUGAUGAGUUUGCAUAAAUAAAGAGUCGACUCUGGUCAAUUGCAAGCAAAUUAUUUUCAUAACUCGCGUGUAUCGACAUCGGGGGAGCAGAGCAGAGGAAAGUAUUCGCUGGUACCUGGUAACCUGUCCGUGAGAGCGUACGUUUUAUGCACCACGGAACACAACUCUGAUCCUUUCUCGCGCGCUCCGAGAUGCCAAGAGUUAAACGAGUAUUCGGCGCAUCUAUUACGCUCGACAUCGAUAUAUAUCGACAUAUCCUGAAAUUAUAUUUUUGUACUUUUACUCUCUGCAACACAUCGCGCGACUGUGAAUGGCGACGCGCCCCUCCCUCGCAGACAAGGAACGAGAAACAAAACCAAUUUGAUAGAUAAUACACCACCGGCGAACUAAUCUUUCGGCCAGUUUGCUCUCGCUUGUCCCUAACCCCCCGUGAAAUGAGAUGGGAAUUAAUUGCCGGCCGGAAGGUUUCGGUCCAACAUUCGUCCUUAAUUUGCCGAAACGAGUUACAGAAACUCGUGGCGGGACAGAACAAUGGAAGUCGGACACCCGGGAAAGUUCUUUUGAUAGAAUGCGGUAACAAUGUCGAGUCAAAGGUGGCAACUCCGCGGAAUGUUCGGAGGUAAGCUCAUCAUCAUCGACCGCGGAGUUCUCGACCGCCAGCGUUUACGGAGGAACAAUCUCUCGCGUUUUUCUCUGUCGCCAAGUUUCGCUCAGUAGUUAACCGUGUCGCAUUUCUCGACGUAAAUUCCAUGGCUCCCUCAUGACUGACGCGUCUACGCGCGUCUACUUAUUAGCGAUAUAUAGACGCAGCAAGAGAGCAGCGAUUAGGCGUUGUAGCGUAACGCAUAAGCAACUUGUUGGAAUUGACGCUCCAAAACUCGCGUAGGGCAUAUAUGUGCGUACAAAUCAGAUGUAUAAUCAGAUAUCUCAACGUUACCUGGUCGUUUUACGAUUAUUACGCGCUACGGCAGGAAUACCUUUGUUGCGACGAGAGAGUAUCGUUAGAGGACAAUUGCUGCAAGAGUCGGGUCCGUAUUCGCGCAUCUUGCUUGAGACCAGUCUUGCUGAGGAGGUCAUUUAUUUUUCUUUUUCCAAAUAGCUCGUUAUCGUUAUCGUAAAUAAAGGAAAGAACAAGUUAUUAAAAAUAAUAACUUAUUGUUUCUUUUAUUUACGAUAACGAUAACAAGUUAUCACUAAGUCGUUAGCAAGUUAUUACUGAAAAGAAAUAACUUGUAACGGUAACGACGUUUAUUUCCGUUUAGUCUUGUUCAAAAUUGAUAUACCUGUGUAUACCAUCUGUGCACACGAACUCUAGUCAUUCCGAUCGUUUAAUUUAUUGAUAAUUCCAUCAAUAUGUAUAAUUUAGAUAAUAUUGUGUUCUCCUUAUCUAUGGCGACAGAUUGCAGAAGUCGUCGAGUUGUAAUUGACGCUACUCGUGGCGUGAGUACGGAUCUGUGUGCGUGUGCAUAUGUGUGUGUGUGUGUGUGUGUGUGUGUGUGUAUGUGUACGUGUCAGAGUAUAUUUAAUUUAUAUAACGUCGUUGUUAAACAUAUAUCGUUACAGCUGAUGCAACACUUUAUUAUCGUACGUACGAGACCAUUGAUCGUUUCCACGCGUAUGUCACAACGUCCAUGUAAUUCUCGAAUAUGAGAUAGCAUCGCUUAAUCACGAGAUAAAGAGAGAGAGAAAGAGAGAGAGAGAGAGAGAGAAAGAGAGAGAAAGAGAAAGAGAGAGAAAGAGACGAAGGGAACAAUCGGGCUGCCCGUUAAUUCGAAAUCGUCAAUUAAGAUCGUACGCGGCGCAGUUCGGGUGCCAUUGAGGAUAAUAAUUGCGUGUCCUUCGAUCAUUGUCGACGACGACGAAAUUUCAGGAACUUUGUCGGGUGCAGGUGUUGUAUCGAUGUUAAUAAUAUUAUCAAGAGUUGCGAAAUAAAAAAUGAUAUCUGAA